UUAGCAAUUCUCUGCUGCUGUUGAGCAAACAAACUUGGCGUUUUCUUGCAGAAAUGCAUCUCUAGUUUGUAUGUCGAUUAAUUGUUUUAACGAAUGUCGAAUAAUACCAGUAGCCUGUGUUGUAUGCCCACGCCCAGUGGAUGUUUCAUCGACAAACCCAACAGGAUUGACAACCUCUUUGUAGUUCUGUAGUUUCGCCUGUAGGGGGUGAUUGUUUUCCUUCAAUUUGAGUCAGAAGCAAAUGCGUAGGCGGGUCAGCCAGUGGGACAUGAGCGUCUUGUCGUCCCUAAUAUAGUUUAUAUAAUAUUUCGCUGGCAAGUGAUUCGGUCGUACAAGGGAAGUUCUGGCGAUUAACCAACAUAUCUGACGAUGGCAGAGUCAAGCGGAAGAUACCAGCAGCUGCCCAAUGAGGAAGAACCAGAGGAUGCUCCACAGAUUGCCGCAGACGCCCCUCCCCCAUACAGCAGUAUAGCUGCAGACAGUGCAGCCUUCUAUGACUACAAAGAAGAUGGGCCAUUCCCCAAGCCUCCAUCCUACAAUGUGGCCACGACACUGCCAUCCUAUGAUGAGGCAGAGCGUAGCAAGGCCGAAGCCACCGUCCCCUUGGUUGCAGAUCGAAGCCGGGAGCGGCUGACCACUUUUGAUGAUGUAACACGCAGUGCACUGGAGGAUGAUGACUUUGUUACCAGAGAUGAUUUUGAUGAUGCCGACCAAUUGCGGAUAGGGAAUGAUGGCAUCUUCAUGCUGACUUUCUUCAUGGCAUUCCUCUUCAACUGGAUUGGCUUCUUCCUCUCCUUCUGCCUCACCACCUCGGCAGCUGGCCGCUAUGGCGCCAUAUCUGGGUUUGGCCUCUCGCUUAUCAAAUGGAUUCUGAUCGUCAGGUUCUCCACGUAUUUCCCAGGCUACUUUGAUGGCCAGUACUGGCUGUGGUGGGUGUUCCUGGUUCUUGGGUUCCUGCUCUUCCUCAGAGGGUUCAUCAAUUACGCAAAAAUCCGCAAAAUGGCCGACACUUUCUCCCCCCUCCCUCGCACCAGAGUCCUUUUCAUCUAUUAACGCUGCAGGUUGGCAUCAAACACAAAGCUCCCAGCAGCCUUCAGUGAGACUUGUAUGCUUAAGAACAGCUUUUAAACAGCUCUGGAAAAAGAAAAAAAAAACAUGACGAAAAAAAAAAAAAAUCAAGUUCCACUCUGUAAUCUGCCCAUAGAACUCCAUCCCUGCUGGAGGGAGAAGUUCUGCUCGGGAGCUCGCCGUUUCCAUGGGAAUAAGAUGAUCCUCUUUCUAUGUUUCUAGAUGUAAACCAGUGAAUGCUGACAACUCUGUAACUCAUUCAAUCAUUAGUUGUUAACAUCAAGUGCUAUUUGCUAUCAAGUCUGUGAGGUUAAAAAAAAAAAUCAAUAUGAAAAGAAAAUAAUGCCUUAUGUAUGAUCUGUUUGUAGUCCUGGCAUGCACUUUGCCCUUGUUAACCAUUAGGGGGCAGUAUUGUUUUGAUUAAUUUUCUUUCCCCUCAUGUAUUGUGGUACACUGCUAACAUGGAGGUGGGAUCACAGUAAGCGAUUUCUCGGGGGCAACAUGAGACAAAUUUAAAAUGUUUAGCAGUGCUGUGCUCUUUCUCUCUGUACAUGACUUUUAUGUUGUCAUCUGAAACUGUUACUUGCAUUGAGGUUACUAAAACCGUAAAGAAUUUGCCCAUUGUUGAAUGAGCACAAGUUAAUUAAUGUCUGAAAGUGUAACUUUGCCAAGCAAGUGGUUGAGACAUCCCUUGGCCAUUCCUCUGUGUGUAUGGAGCUUCACAUUCGUUUGCUAUUGAUUACUCUUUCCAGGCUAUUGAUGACUGUUUCCAGGCUUAAGGGUCUUCUAUGAUUUGACUUUAGGGGCAGUGAAGGGGGCUGGAGGAAAGCCAGUAGUAGAACAUGUGACUGGCAUAAGACAGAAGCUUUUACCAGAUGUAGUUUACAUGAUUGGUUUCUGUCAGUGCUAAGUUGUUGUACAUGCCAUGUCAAGGCUUUUGUUAGUAGAUAAUAUCAUGAUGAAUUUUGACUGAUGGGGUUGAUAAUAAUUGAUUGUUGAUAAUAAACUAACUUUGAUCGAACAUGUUUUUGCAAUACAUGCCCCCCCCCCCCCCCCCAAGUAUUUUAAACAAGCUUCACAACUUACUUAAUGUUAGUGUUUUCAGGUGUUCUGCUGGUUGAGCAGACGUUGGCAGACUAAUGUGAAAAGAAGUUGGCCCGGAGGGGUUAGGGUUGGGUUGAGUUGAGUUGUGGGUAUGAUCAUGCUCAUUGAGAGCAGGGAUGACCUUUUGAAAAAGGAGUUGAAGUCACCGUGAUGUUCCUCAGAGAACUCUCCCGAGGCGGUCUGAAGUGGACAGGCAGCAUCCCAUCGCUGCUUUCUAGCCCCACCUCAUCUAAUCUAUCGAAGCACAUGCAGAAUGUCCUCCCUCUCCCCUUCGCCCCAUCUCUAGCCUUCAGCACAGACACCUGAGGGCAUCCCGCCGCCGCAACGACAGCCGCCAAACUGAGCAUGCUUUACUGUGACUGUCGUGUGCCCCCACCCUUCUUCUUCCUCUGUGUCCCUGGACCGACUCGGAAGAGGACCCAGGGCUGCGGACGUGCAGGAGCUCACAGAUACAUACAUGUUAGACAACUGUAAAUACCAUGUUGAUGCAACUAAAGAUCAAUUGUGUUGCCAA